AUGGAGUCAUCAAUAAAACCCAAUCCUUUCCUCUCUUUCUCCUCUUUCCUUCACCACCACUGUAAUCGAUUCGCCUCCGACCUCUCCGCCCGUAUCGAAGACACCAAACGAUUCGCCGAAACCCUAACCACUCGACGUUUCUCUCCUCCUUCUCCGCCGUUCGCCUCCGUUUCGCAGUCCAAGUCUGGAACUCCGACGACGUUGAAUCCAUCUCAUGUCGCUAAAGCUCUCGCUGGUACGUCGGUGUUUACAGUGAGCAACACCAAUAACGAAUUCGUUCUUAUCUCGGAUCCUACCGGCGACAAGUCUAUCGGUUUGCUCUGUUUCCGUCAAGAGGAUGCUGAAGCUUUUCUUGCUCAGGCGCGACUUAGGAGAAGAGAAUUGAAGACAAAUGCAAAGGUUGUUCCCAUUAAUCUGGACCAGGUGUACUUGUUAAAAGUUGAGGGGAUUUCUUUUCGCUUCUUGCCAGAUCCAAUCCAAAUAAAGAAUGCAUUAGAGCUCAAAUCUUCGAGUAAUAAGAAUGGAUUUGAUGGAGUUCCGGUUUUCCAGUCUGAGCUUCUUGUUGUCAAGAAAAGAAAUAAACGUUACUGCCCUGUAUAUUUCAGUAAGGAAGAUAUAGAGAGGGAACUUUCGAAGUAUACAAGAGCGUCAAGAGGAGAUCAACAAAUUAUGGUUGGGAGUCUGGAAGAUGUCUUGAGGAAAAUGGAGACGAGCGAGAGGAAUUCGGGUUGGGAAGAUGUAAUAUUCAUUCCACCAGGAAGAAGUUAUGCACAACACAUUCAGGAGGUGAUCAAAGAGUAA